CUCCUGGGGACUGGGAGACAUGGACACAUCUGGAUUGUUCCACUAAUAUUUCCAGCUGAGGAUUGUGCUGCUGCAGCCAUGGGAAUAGGGACAGCACUGUGAGACUGACUUCUUAACAAAUGAAUGCGGUGCGAGAGGAAUGGGACUCUGCUGCUUUGGUGUUCAGGUCACCAGAGAUGCAAAUCAAGGAAAGUUCUCAUCUUGAAAACCUGCUGAAAAUGCUCUUUUCCUACCUCGAUCUCACCCUUCCCGAAGGCGAUUCCUGCGAUGCGCUCAGGGCCGAGCGACCACCGUCAGUGACUGGGGAGAGUUCAUGUUAAGCAUCUGAUCUAUUCCACCUUGGAUAUGGAUGAAGGACUUUUUGGGUCGGACCAGUUGGACGAGGCAGCUGAUCAUCCAAUGAGCUUCUCUAGCAUGCCGGAGCUAGAGGGCCCCCUGCAGUCUCCCAAGGAAGAGCGACCCUACAAAUGCAACCAGUGCGACAAGACUUACCGCCACGCAGGAAGUUUGGUAAAUCAUAAAAAGACCCAUCAGAUCGGACUCUACACUUGCCUCAUCUGUCAGAAAGAAUACUCCAACCCCAUGGGACUGAAAAACCACCUGCGUAUUCAUUCUGAGGAAAAGCGCUUCAGGUGCAGCGAAUGCGGGCUGUGUUUUCGGAUGGCGCGGCAACUGUCCAGUCAUCGCAAGGAAGUCCAUGCCUUUUACUGCGUGACCAACGGAGAAAAUGUACCGGGCAGCCAAGAAAGCAUGGACUCCGCUGCUCCUGUACUGGCAGAAAACAGCAGCUUGAUUAGUAACAUAGAGAAUUACAUUGCCGAGUCCAUGGUGCCAGGAGAUUUCUCCCAACUUAUUUCAAAGUAUUACCCAGAUGUAAAAGGCGCAGUGGAGUAUGAAGCGAGCCACGACGAAGAACUGGAAACUGCCACAGAGCUAAAGGAUGUCCACGUAGCUGACAGUAGCUCGGAGGAACGCCGGUACAAAUGCAAGCAGUGUGGCAAAGCCUACAAGCACGCAGGUAGCCUGGCCAAUCACAAGCAGAGCCAUAAAGUUGGAGUCUAUCAGUGUGUUGUCUGCUUUAAGGAAUUCUCGAACCUUAUGGCAAUGAAAAAUCACUGCCGUCUCCACUCAGACUCGAGAAAUUCAAGGCUUUUGAAGUCACCCUGUUCCAUAGCAACGCUAGUCGAGCAUGCUACGGUAAACAACGCAGCACUUGUAGCACCACAACCAGCCAUAUUUAAUGCACAAGAGAAGUGCGAUGAACAGCUGGCUAUGUUGGAUGGUUCAGAAGGCAGCAUCUCAGAUGAAGAGACACUAAAAACGCCUCCUGAUAGACUUUGUAGUUUGCAAGAUCCUAUGCUAUUAAGUCCCUCUGGAAUGACCAAUGGGCAACAGACUGGUAUAGACACUAGUAUAGACCUUGGCCUUCAGGGUUCAUGCAAAGAUAGUACAGUUUAUGAUAUGAGUGCAGCAGGUCUUACACAUUCUUUUAGACCAGAGGAUAAAGUUGGCCAGGGCCAAUCAGAGCAACCUGGGCCAGAAGGUACAGAUGAAGAGGAAGCUAAAGCAGGGGAGAACUUGGAAAGCCGACCUUUUAAGUGCCAACUGUGUGAAAAAAGCUAUAGGCAUGCAGGGAGCCUCAUUAACCACAAAAAAACUCAUCAAACCGGAGUGUACAGUUGCUCUGUGUGCUCCAAGCAGCUUUUUAACAUGGCGGCCUUAAAAAACCAUGUCCGAGCUCACUUCAAGUCCAGGGCGGGAAGGCGCUUGGAAGACGGCUAUUAUGAACCUGUUAGCUUUUCUGAUGAACUCUUCCACCGUACAGAGGAAUUGUACAAGUGUGAGGUUUGCAAUGAAAUAUUAUCGUGCAAGAGAGACUUUCUGCAGCACCAAAUGUUUCAUCAGCAAGAGUUCAUGAAAGAUGGCUGCAACGAUGUCCCUAAGGCAGGAGUUGGCUCUGGCAUGGAGAAUUGUUUGGGAGACAAUCUCCAGGGUUCUCAUGGCAGCAUUGAGGACUCUGCUUACUCCAAUGGUCCUGCGAUUCUAGAAGCAAUCAAGAGGGAGGUGGAAAAUCUGUCUUCUCAGGAGUCGAUACAGCAGAGUUCUCGUCAGGGCACAAUGCAAAGUCCUGGGGAAGGCUUCAGGAAAGAGAGCGUAGGUGAUGAUUUCCAGGAUACCUUUGCAUGCGUUGAACAGUCUUCAGAAGACCACAUUAUUUCAAAAGAGACAGACUCUUCUGGAGUGGAAGAACAUGACCCAACACAGGAUGACCGGCCUUAUAAAUGUGAAGCCUGUGGAAGGACUUACAGACACAAAAGCAGUUUAUUGAAUCAUAAAUUAACUCACCAGACAGGAGUUUAUCAGUGCUCCAUCUGCCCCAAGCAAUACUCCAACCUGAUGGCACUGAGAAACCACCUCCGCUUCCAUGCUAGACGGUCUUCCGGAAGACAAAGUACCUCCCUACAGAGCCAUCAGUUUCCUCAUAACAAGUCGGAUGAAUCUCAGAAUAUGGGAAGUCCUAUCGAUGGAACAUCUUUACAAUUUAGUUUAAAUGAAGAGGAGACCUACACAACUGAUGUAGAGGGCACUGAGCAAACACCAGGUGAGCUCUCCAUCACUUGCUCCUGUGGGAAGUUCUUUAAUUGUGCCGAAAGCUUUCAGACUCACAGUCAGGUCUGCGUGAAAGCGGCGGCCGACUCUAGUUCUACAGCUGCCCCGACAGAAUUAAAAGGUGAUUUGUUCAACAUUUGUGAAACAAAAGAGGCAACAGAGGCCCAUGAAAACAUUCCAGAAGCCCAAGAACAACAAACAGGAAAAAGGCUUUAUGAAUGCAACCUUUGUGAAAAGUCCUAUAGACAUUCAGGUAGCUUAAUCAACCAUAAGCGAACACAUCAGACAGGAGACUACGUGUGCUCUGUUUGCUCCAAGCAUGUACAUAACCUGGCUGCCUUAAAAAAUCACCUCCGAAUUCACCACAAACUUAAAAGAAGACAAGGAGAAAGAAGUGACAGCUCCGGGUUUCUCUUUCCUGAUAUGUAUUACUCCCAGGGAAGCAAGGAAAUGUUCAACUGUGGGAAUUGCGAUGAAGUAUUCCAAAGCGAGCAGGACCUCGUGUCUCAUCAGGAGAUGCACGUUCUGCUGGGGGAUAGUUGGGAUCAGGGGAAAGAUUCGGGUGUGAUGGAACUGAAUGUGACCAGUACAGAAGAAAAAGAAGAAUCCUGUUUUAUGAGUAUUGACGACUAUAAUGACUGGGAAGGUUUAAAGUCCUCAGAACUUGAUAGGAAGACCGAUCAAGAUCCCGAAAAUAAAGACAUUGAUUCUACAGACAAUAUGACCGAUCACAAUUACUCCUGCGAAGAGUGUGGAGAGCAGUUUACGAGUUCUGUCGAAUUAACUGAUCACAAACAUACUCAUCAGACUGGUAUCUACCAGUGUUCAUUCUGCCCCAAAGAAUAUCCUGACUUGUUAUCCUUAAGGAACCAUUUUGUAUCUCAUACAAAGCUCCAGGUUCUCAGGAAUGGUAACCGAGAAGCCUCAGAUGGGUCAGAUGAUAGGGAACAUGUAGGCAGCCUUCCAUCCUUUGAUAAUCGCUACGACUGUGGUCACUGCGGAAUGAUAUUCUCAAACGAAGCCGAUUUCCAUCAGCACCAGGUUGCCCAUGAAAAUCAGGUGAUCAGUAGUCUCCCUGGUAACCCUACUGACGAUGAACAGAUACAAGAGUUUACCUUCCCUAUGCACACAUCAGAGCAAGAGCUGCUAAGAAGCAUAAACAAUGAGAUGGAAGGCGGGGAGUCCACUGAAGUGUCUGACGGAGGUCCUCAUCUAUCCCAUAUAUGUGGCUUCUGUGGAAAAACCUAUGAUGAUUUGGCAAGUUUAGAGGCCCACAGUUUAAGUCAUGCUGAUGAAGCACCUCCUGCAGAUAAAAGCCCCGUCCAUGCUGAAGUGGAUCUAGAGGAUACAAAUGUGCAAGCAAACACCGAUAUAAAGCAAGAAGAAGAAGAAAAUACUCCCGCUGAGCCUCCCAAUAAUGACGAAAGUCAAGAGCGUCGGCCAUAUACUUGCGACAAGUGUGGAAAGUCUUAUCGACACGGAGGGAGCUUAGUAAACCAUAAAAAGACUCACUUGGUGGGCAACUUUAAAUGCUUUGUAUGUUCCAGGCAGUACCCCAACCUAGCGGCUUUUAGAAACCACCUGCGGCAUCAUCCCAAGUGUAAAACGGGGGCAUCGUACAGCAAUAUUCAGGAGCUGCAGCCGCAAAGCCCACACGAUAAUAAUGGAGAGAUUCCGAACAGUUCCUCUGCUUCUAGUGUCCCCCUACCAGAUCCUUAUUCUUCCCAGGAAAACUCUAACGAAUGCUUCAACCCACUACUUAGUAACCUAGGUUUACAAAGCCACGGCUCAGUCCAUCUUCCUUUCCAAACCCACAAAACCCGUUACAAGUCUUUAAGUCGGCCUGCUGGAGUCAGAUCUUCAAGAAAGUCUGGCAGAAGGAGGAGACUAGUUGCAAGUCGUAGCCUAGAAGAAGCUGCUCAGAACACAGCAAAAAGGGAUUCUCAGAAUGCGUCGGAGGCUUCGGACAAACCUGUUCAAAUAUGUCCGUUUUGUGACAAGGUGUUCCUUUUUGUCGACGAGCUUCUGAAACAUCAGUCCGACAGCUGCGAUAGCGCCAAGUGCAAUAAAGAAACAAGGCCUGCAAAUACCGUAGACCAAGUGGACAUUAAAGAAACUCCUCCCCUGUCUCUUGACAGGUUUGGUCAGAAAGGGGAGGCAGAAGAGGCGUCUCAGCAACGUCCGUUCCGCUGUGAAGUGUGUGGAAGGAGCUAUAGGCACGCUGGAAGUCUCAUUAACCACAAACAAACUCACAAAACUGGCAUCUUCCGCUGUGCUAUUUGUCAGAAGCCCUUUUUUAACCUUAUGGCUAUGAAAAAUCACAACCGCAUCCACUUUGAGCUGAAGAGGCACAAGUGCGUGGACUGUGGCAAAGCCUUUCGCCUACGCAAACAGCUGGAAACACACCAAAGAAUACACAAGGAAAAAGCUUCAGCUAAAAGGCCUGGCCGACGCAAUCGCCGGGUUGCCCGAUCUCGCAGGGGCUCUGCGUUGCAAAAGUCACUAAGUGACGGCGUCCCGGCUUCCAAUGUUCGGAAAGAGUCUUCUGUUAAAGAUAAGGAAGGAAGAGACCAAAUCGGACUUGGGGCUUCGGUUAAGAGGGAUCCUGACGCCCGGCCUUACCAGUGUAAGGAUUGUGGGCGUUCGUAUCGACAUGCAGGUAGUCUUUUUAACCACAAGAAAAGCCACACCAUGGGACACUACUGCUGCUCUGUUUGUGGCAAAACCUACCCAAACCUCAUGGCCAUGAAAAACCAUCAGCGAACUCACUACGAAGCAAAGAGGCACGCUUGUGGAGAGUGCGGCAAGAGCUUUAAGUGGAAGCGGCAGCUGAUUAGACAUCAGCACGUCCAUAUCAAAGGGCAGAUCAAGCAAGAAAAUGGCACCUCAGCAGGAGAAACUGUUGGCAUGAGCGCAGGUCUUCCAGGAACCAUUGCGGCAUUUACCCAGGAACUGGAGGACAAUCCCUCCAAAGCCUCGUUACAGACCAAAUGUAGCCAUUGUGGAAUAGUAUUUGUCGGUUACGAUGACCUGGAAUGUCACGUGUGCAUGGAAACCGGUGUUAAUGAAAGUCCAGUAAAAGCGGAAAAUGGCGUGAAUGAAGUGGGCGUGUCUCUAGAUCCAGCACAGAUACAGCAGACGGAGGAACGGCCUUACCGGUGCAACUUGUGUGCCCGUACCUAUCGCCACGCCGGAAGUCUGCUCAACCACAAGAACACUCACAAGACCGGACUGUACAAAUGCUCCGUCUGCCUUAAGCAGUUCUCUAAUCCCAUGGCGAUGAAGAACCAUUUCCGAACCCACACGGCAGAGAAACGCUUCCAGUGCCUUGAGUGCGGCAAAGCAUUUCGCUCUUCCAGAGAGCUGAUUUGUCAUCACAGAGUCCACACCGGCGAAAGGCCUUUCCAUUGCCCAACCUGCAACCGUGGGUUUAGCAGCAAGCUGACGCUUCGGCACCACCAGCGGAGCCACACAACUUCGCUCACUACUCAGACUGUUCCUUCCUCCCUCGAUGUGCCCGCUGAAGGUACGGAGACCUGCGAGGAGGAUCCCUCAGGUUCUGCCGAAGAUGCUUCUAAACUCGGUUCUUCGAAUAGCCAAGAGGAACGUAGGUUCAAGUGUAACCAAUGUGACCGGUCUUACCGGCACGCAGGGAGUUUGCUCAACCAUCGUAAAACCCACAGCACUGGGGUGUACCAAUGCCCCGACUGCCACAAAGAGUUCUUCAACCUCCUUGCCCUGAAGAACCACCUCCGAAUCCAUCGAUACCCGUGUCCGGACUGUGGGAAAGCCUUUCGUAUUGCCAGCCACUUAGCCACUCAUCGUAAGAUCCACGAGCAAGGGGGGCCAUUCACCUGCCAACUCUGUAGCAAGCGCUUCUUCUGCCGCUCCACCUUCGAACAACAUCAACUCACCCAUAGCAGCCAAGACACCGACCUACUAGAGCCUCAACCCAUGGGCAACUUAAUGGUGGAAGUCACAUGAAAGUGACCAAAGUCGGUAAAGGCACUACCCCGUUGCCAUGGAACCGCUCCGCCUCCUGGAAAAAAAAGACUGAGGUUCCGUUUUUUUUUGUUUUUCACGUUUAUCUGUGUGCCAUAAACACUUUAAUGACUUGUCCGCCUGUAAAUAAGAAAGCUUAAUAACGACCGGACGCCGACACUUUCUAAAUUGUAAGCAAAAGUGGUACAGGUUUUUCUUUGUUCCUUCACUUAACUGAUUUUUCUUUUUCAUUUCGUUUUUCUAUAAAAACUGCAAAAAAAGGAAAAAAAAAAAAAUAAUCCAAGGAAAAAUAACCCUUUUUUAGCAGAUGCACUUCUGUGAAAUAUUAAUGGUGCUUUAACGGGACUUUGGACACUGUCGGGGGUGUCUCUUAUAGAGAUAAGACAUAACACAUCGGCCCUAUCCCUAGUUAGAAGAUCACCGCCCCCUAUUACUAGUAUUAUAAACAUUCAGGUGGGGGGGGGGGAUACGUUAGGGGCAGCACAUUCGCUUGAAACGGGUUUACGCCGCCCUCCUAUAAGGCUGUUAUUGGGGCUCAUUCCCUGGGCGGCGUCGGCCUGCAGCGCUGUGCAGCCGUGGGGUUAAUUUAUAUUGUACAGAGUUCUGGGAACCUGUAAUGCUCACAGUGAGGGACGGGGGUGAUACACAUAAAUUAAUAUGGAAAGUCUACCUGUGUGCGCUGUCUUUUUAUUCCCCUUCCCAAGGAGUAAACAAGGGAUUCUUAGUCUGACUCCUCCCAUGGGAACUCCUGGGCGGGGCCAUUCCAUGGAAAUGCCAGGGUGGGGCUAUUACAGUGACUCAUAUAUUGUUCUGAAUCUGUCCCCUCCCAUGGGAACUGCUGGGCGGGGCUAUCACAGCUAUUACCUUCUUAUUCUGAACCUGUCCCCUCCCAUGGGAACUGCUGGGCGGGGCUAUCACAGCUAUUACCCUCUUGUUCUGAACCUGUCCCCUCCCAUGGGAACUGCUGGGCGGGGCUAUCACAGGGAUUAACCUCUUAUUCUGGAUCUGUCCCCUCCCAUGGGAACUGCUGGGCGGGGCUAUCACAGGGAUUAACCUCUUAUUCUGGAUCUGUCCCCUCCCAUGGGAACUGCUGGGCGGGGCUAUCACAGGGAUUAACCUCUUGUUCUGAAUCUGUCCCCUCCCCUGGGAACAGCUGGGCGGGGCUAUCACAGGGAUUGCCCUCUUGUUCUGUAUCUGUCCCCUCCCCUGGGAACUGCUGGGCGGGGCUAUCACAGCUAAUACCUUCUUAUUCUGAACCUGUCCCCUCCCAUGGGAAGUUCUGGGCGGGGCUAUCACAGGGAUUACCCUCUUGUUCUGUAUCUGUCCCCUCCCCUGGGAACUGCUGGGCGGGGCUAUCACAGGGAUUGCCCUCUUGUUCUGUAUCUGUCCCCUCCCCUGGGAACUGCUGGGCGGGGCUAUCACAGCUAAUACCUUCUUAUUCUGAACCUGUCCCCUCCCAUGGGAAGUUCUGGGCGGGGCUAUCACAGGGAUUACCCUCUUGUUCUGAGUCUGUCCCCUCCCAUGGGAAGUGCUGGGCGGGGCUAUCACAGGGAUUACCCUCUUGUUCUGAGUCUGUCCCCUCCCAUGGGAAGUGCUGGGCGGGGCUAUCACAGGGAUUACCCUCUUGUUCUGAAUCUGAUCCCUCCCAUGGGAAGUGCUGGGCGGGGCUAUCACAGGGAUUAACCUCUUGUUCUGAAUCUGAUCCCUCCCAUGGGAAUUGCUGGGCGGGGCUAUCACAGGGAUUAACCUCUUGUUCUGAAUCUGAUCCCUCCCAUGGGAACUGCUGGGCGGGGCUAUCACAGGGAUUAACCUCU